AUUACAAUGAGAUAUGAUGCACACACAUAUCCGUCUCGAUCCGACGCAUGAAUCACGCACCCGUGCCACUGUCCCCCUCUAUCCCUUCCCUCCCUCAUGCCAGCUUGUAUGCCUCCAGCUCAUCAAUGUCGAAGUGCCAUCCCUUCACUGACACAGGCAGGAGCACUCGGUCAUCGUCAUCACUGUAGUCGCUGAGCCUGACAUCCGGCCACUCCCACUGGCGCCACUCGUCGGGCUGCUCGUCCUCCAGCAUGGCUCCUUGGCACCGCUGCAUGGUCUCGUCGCUGGCUGCUGCUGGGGCGCCGAUCUGGGCGGCCUGACGGAUACCGAAGCUGAAGCAUGCCGUGUGGAGGACGGCCGUCAGCUCAGACUCAGCCGAUGAGAAAUCGAUGAACUCGGUGACUCUCUCCUGCACACACGGAGAGAGAGACCAUUGGCUACCAUGACUCCCUUGCUCAUUCAGGUGGGUACCCACCUGUGUGCCCGCGAUGCAGAUGAUGUCGUGCUGGCCGAUGUAGCCCACGUGUGGGUGGCUGUCUGUCCCCUGCAGCUUGAAGCCGAAGGCUCUCGUGUCGGGGCGGCUCUUGGCCGUGCCGGUGACCUCGAUGGGCCCCUCGAUGAUGACGGCGAAGAGCUCAUUGCUGCCGGCCACCUUGGAGAUGAGCAGCAGGGGGGAGUGGCCCUUGACGGCAUCGAAGAAAUCCAACCACCUCCAACCAUUCACAGUCGCCCUGACACGACACACACACGCAUCAAGACACAGAGGCAUGGUGAGAGAGUGCCGGCAUGCUCACAUCUGUCUGGCCUGCCCUUCUCACUUGUAUAUGCGCAUGACCGGGUCGCCCACACACGACGGGAUCUGUGCCGGUGCGGGCAGCCAACCGUCACACCACUGCCGCAUCUUGAGCAGGUGCUCGGUGGUCAGCAGGCCGUCAGCCGGUCCCAAAUGGCGAUCGCUAUCCAAACCGUACCUGACACACACAACACACACACCCACGGAGAGAGAGAGAGAGAGAGAGAGCAGCCGUCGGGUCAUUGUGUGGUGAGCACUCUUUUCGCUGUUACAUGGUGAGUGCGUGUCGGUAUUUGUUGAUGGCCAGAUCACCCAUCGCCCCCCGCACGUCAGCCGCUGUGAUGGUUGCCCCCUUCAUGUGGGCACGAGAUACGACAUCGACAAUGCGCCGGACAUGCUCGAUGGGCGCACGAACGGUAGGGCCGUACCUGACACGACAGACAGACAGACAGACAGACAGGGGAUACAAGCGAGCUCUCAAAAGGCCCAAGUCUGUGCAGGCGCACCUGAUGAAUCUGUUGGCAAAGGUAGAGUCGUCGCCCAGCGAUUUCGCUACACCUAUCGUCACCGUCACCGUGGAUCCCGACACACUCGCUGACACCAACUGAAGAGGGCAACCACAACCACAAUAUGCAGUCAGUGCAUCUCCUCUGAUCCCCUUCCCUCACUGUGUCCAGCUCACCGUAUCGUCCUCCACAUUGCCCGUCUUGAGUAGUGGCUUGAUGGCAUCCAGCCGCUGCUCAUGUGCGGCCUUCUCCUCCAGCGCCUUCUUCGUCAGCCUGUGCAGCUCCGCCGUCAGCCUCAGCUGAGCCGCGGCGGGCUGCCCGGCAUCCUGCUGCUGGUCCGUGGCUGGGUCGGCAGCGGGGAGGAAGGCGUCGCCACCGGGCCGCCGCUUGUGUGAGGGGUCCCACAACAGCAGCUCAACCCAGUACCUGACGACACACAUCAUCGGCUGCAUUGGACCGUCACGUGUGUGUGGUGGGCCUGGUGCUCACGUGAAUGGCGUGUCGUGUUGCUUGGCCGGGGGGAUUGCAAUGUUGUCCACCUGCUCCUCCUCAUACAUAAUCAGAUUCAUCACCAGCCUGCAUCCCGCCCAACACACACGCACACACACAACACACACGUGUGUGUGAGAGAGAUGACAUGAUGAAUGAAUCCAUCACUGAGCCCUCCUGACUUGACCAGGUGAAUGCAGGUGGCCAGAUCGGCAAAAAAUGCGAUCGUUCUCGUCAUGGAUAAACGCAGCGUCAAAUUUGCCACCGAAGAGGGUGGCGAGCACCGAGUUCUUGACCGCACAGAGAGUCGAUCGCUGGACCCGCACCUGCUCGCCGCUCACAUUCAACUCCAACACAUCCUUCAUCAACUCUUCCUGCACACUACAACACACACAAACACACGCGCGAUGAAUGCAUGUCCUCGACUGCCUUUCCGCUUUCUGGUCCAUCUCGCUCACCAUUGGUUUGUUUGGCGCUGCAGCAGACCCGCCCAAGGCUCUUUGGCGCUCCUCCAGCUCCUCCAGCAUGGCUUGCAGCGCGUCGGUGACGCUUCGGCUGUACUGGAUGGACUGAUGCAGCGCGCCGAGGGAGGCGCUCUCACCAACAGCGCCGCCAUCAGGACACCUGCGUUUCUCGCCAACUGCUGCAGCAGCAGCUGAUGCAGCCAUCUAUCGCAGGAGAAAUCACAAUGCCCUACAGUGACAAUGCCAAUGCAUUCAUCGCAUUUCUCC